AUGGACCCAGCCAUGGUCCUGGUGCUCUGUCUCUCCUGUUUGUUUCUCCUCUUCCUCUGGAGACAGAGCUCUGGGAGAGGCAAGCUCCCUCCUGGCCCCACUCCUCUCCCAAUUAUUGGAAAUAUGCUGCAGGUGGAUGUUAAGGACAUUGGCAAAUCCUUUACCAAUGUAAUCUACGGCCCAGUGUUCCCUGUGUACUUUGACAUGAAGCCUGCUGUGGUGUUACAUGGAUAUGAAGCAGUGAAGGAAGCCCUGAUUGAUCAUGGAGAGGAGUUUUGAAGAGGCCAUUUCCCAGUGGCUGAAAGAAUUAAUAAAGGGCUUGGAAUCCUUUUCAGCAAUGGAGAUAGGUGGAAGGAGAUCCGGUGCUUCAGCCUCAUGACCCUGCGGAAUUUGGGGAUGGGGAAGAGGGGGAUUGAGGAAUGUGUUCAAGAGGAGGUUCGGUGUCUUGUGGAGGAGUUGAGAAAAACCAAGGCCUCACCUUGUGAUCCUCUAUUUAUCCUGAGCUUUGCUCCCUGCAAUAUGAUCUGCUCCAUUAUAUUCUGGAAUCUUUUUGAUUAUACAGAUCAGUCUCUUCUUAACUUGGUGGAAAAAUUUGAUGAAAACACCAGGAUUAUGAGCUCCCCAUGGAUGCAUAUCUGUAAUAAUUUUCCUGCUGUCAUUGAUUAUCUCCCAGGAAGUCAUAAUAAAUUAUUUAAAAAUUUUGCUUGUGUUAAAAGUUAUGCUUUGGAGAAAAUAAAAGAACAUCAAGAAUCCCUGGACAUGAACAAUCCUCAAGACUUUAUUGAUUAUUUCCUGAUCAAAAUGGAACAGGAAAAGCAAAAUCUACAGUCCAAAUUUACUAUUGAAAACUUGCUCUCCACCGUAACAGAUGUGUUUUGAGCUGGAAUAGAGACAACGAGCACCACCUUGAGAUAUGGACUCCUGAUCCUGCUGAAGCACCCAGAGGUCACGGGAUUUGUCUUAGGAGUUUUACAGAGCUUUGCCCUGAAAGAAUAUGUGAACGUGUUGGUUUGCAUUUCGAAUGCUGUUACACUCGGAAGGGCGUCUCCGAAAGGCAGUAGCAGCUGUAUCCCACGAGGCGCCGCGUUUCUCAGACCUAAAGAAUUGGAUUUGCUUUGUAAAGCACAAGUGAAUCUGUUAAGAGCUAUAGGCUGA